UGCAAAGGUGAUAACUUCGCGUCAGAUUACCAAGGCUGUGUCUGCUUUGAGAGAACGAAACAAUUUGCGACCGUCUGUGCUAGAAAACAUGAAUGACGAAACCCACUGUGAGGGUAGCCUUGGAGAAGAAGAUCAGCGUAAAGAUCAAGAUCUAAGCGAAGCUUUGAAUCAAAUAGAAGAAGCCUGCAAGGUAUUUAAGCGAGAGGCAGAGAAACUUCGCCAGGAGCGGGAAGCAAUCGACGCACUGUCUAAGAAAGUGGAGAACUUUCACUUUCCUUCGACAGUGAAACUCAAUGUGGGCGGACACAUCUUCGAAACAAGUCUUCAAACGCUGACCAAGGGCGCUCCAAACUCAAUGCUUGCCGCCAUGUUUUCAGGGAAAUUUGACCUGAAACCUGCAGAAGACGGCGCUUUCUUCAUCGACCGUGAUGGCACCCACUUCCGGUUUAUUCUCAAUUUUCUUCGCACUGGGACAUUAACUUUACCAGAAGAUGCAACAGUUUUUGAGGAAGUCAUGAAAGAAGCCAAUUUUUAUCAGAUCCAGGAAUUAGUUGACGCGCUUGAACGUCCAUAUGAUCCGACGCAGUCUCCUAUACUUGGUUUGAAAGUAGCCGAGCUAUUUGGAGAGUCGAUGAUUGUAAUAACUGAAGAGCAUCGAAAUGCCCUAAGGGGGUUUCUCCCUUCAGGAUGCGAAAACUGGCACCUUCUAUUCCGAGCCUCUCGCCAUGGUUUUAAGGCGCAAAACUUUCACUCCAGGUGCGAUAAUAAAGGACCCACGGUCACAAUUGUACAGAGUGGAGACUACAUUUUUGGAGGCUUCAUGGAAAUAUCAUGGGCUUCCGGUCCAGUUACGACUUUUGUGAAGAGCACACAAUCAUUCCUGUUCAGUUUGGUCAACCCUAGUGGUGUAGGACCGACUAAAAUGCCCCUCAUGAGUGAAAACCAAAAAUCUGGCAUGGUCGGUCAUAGCGGAUAUGGACCCACGUUUGGCAUCAAGGGUUCUUUGUUCUUUUCUAUCUCCAGAGAUCUAUUCAUCUCAAAUGAUGCAAACAAGAACACAGACAGCCACAGUGAACUCGGCACCUCAUACGAAUGUCCACGAGGGCAAGAGAGUUCCUUCUUAACAGGAGGUAAAUAUUUCUCCGUUUCCAAUUACGAAGUGUUUGGAAUCCAGUGACUGACAACAAAAAGAUCACAGAAGAUCUUUCACCAAUUAUAACUACUAGUAUUAGAUCUAGUAUAUUACGUCUUCCCCCGCCAGUUAAUGAUAUAAAUUUUUGAGUAUAGAAAUAAUUCUAUCAGGUGUGAAGGAUAUUUUAUCAUGUAGCUUGUGAGUUAC